AUGUCUUCUAACGAAUCAAUUGUAAGGGAUCAAGACAAGCGUGCUGAGGCGGCUGUAAAGAGAUCCUUGAAAGAGGCAUUUGUUUUUCAUAACACUUAUGUGGCCGAUAUCACCGAGCGCAUAAACAAGAAGCAAAAGUCACCAGCUGAACAAGAUCGACCAGUCGUGAAUUCUACGAACGAAGAAUACAUCUCAAAAUUAGGAGAACAGGAUGCUUUGUUCUUGGAAGGUGUUGAGAGGUCAAUAGGAUACACGAUCAAGAGUAUAGCAAUCAAGUCGCACGCCUUAUAUUACGAUAUUGUAGGUGUCAGACCUCAAAUCACACUUGGAUUGAACAGUAUCCUUGAUUUGUCUUACAACUUUCCUCGUGGCCAAUCCACUAUCUUCAGUGCCGUACAGUGGUCUCAUCUCCGAGAAAAAUAUAAAUAUUCGUAUGUUUCUCACCCCUUGUCACUGUCAAGGAAGGCGACCGAGGUGUUGAAAAACGCGGAGACAAUUGCGAAGACAAACGUAACAGAAGCCAGCGAUCAAAUUUAUAAAUAUCUCUACCUGUACAAGAAUCGCUUUACCAAUGAUGAACAGUUUGUAUUGUUUGCACAUGCUUUCAUUCUCGAGUUCCUCGAAUCCAAUCCGUACAUGUUCAAUAAGCAAGUGAAGAAGAACGAGCAAGACUGUAUUGUAAAGUUGUGGGGGCCAAUUAUGGAGAAGCUAGUGCAGAAAACGCCUCUGAGACUCAAGUGGGGCGAGAGUUCUUGCUCGUUGCUUACAAACUCUUUGCGCGCUGACCUCCGAGUAAUUUAUGACCAGGUUGAAGACCGCCAGGUCCAAGAAUACGACAUGAUGCAGAUGGAAGCCACAAGAAUUUCGCCCACGCCACAAAAAUUCGACUUUGACCAUGUUAAACUGCUUUUAGAGACCAAGGAUAACAUUGACCUCCUCCAGGAAUAUAUUGGUGAUGGGUUGUGUUGCAUUCAGUUCUGUGGUCUGGAGCUAUUCAAAUAUAAUCUCAAGCAUGUGUCAGACACUCUUUACAUUGGCAACAAGGUCACCACAAAUGUUAUUCUCCCCGCCGUCAAGGAUUUCAAAUUUAUGACAGACCUGUGCAACACUUUGUUAACCACAAGAAAAGAAUGGACUGAUCUGCAAAGGACGCUGGUGUUGGUAAAAAAUAGCCCGAAGAGCGCCGAUCGCAGCCUGCAAGACCCUCCCACGCAACAGACUCGUCUUAAAAAAAGCCCAUCAUGGUAUCCCCCACGACCCGAUCAAAAAACCGCCCCACUGACGCCCAUUCCUCCAAACCUAUCAUAA